AUGGGCAGCGGCGGCCACGAACUUGGAGGCAACUUUGUUGACCUCGCGUCUUACCAGAAGCUCGGAGAGGGCUCCAACAUGUCCAUAGACAGCAUCGGGAGUCUCCAGACGACGACCGGCGGCGGCUCGGUGUCAAUGUCCGUGGAGAGCAUCGGGUCCAACAACUCGCACGCCCUCAUUCUCCCGCACCGCGGCCUCCCUUCCGUUCACACCAAUAACUACCCCGUGGGGCACAGUAUUCUCCGCACUGGCAGGGUGUCCCACGUUCUCAGUGACGAUGCCCUGGCGCAGGCCUUAUUGGAUAGCCGUUUCCCGACCGAAGGGUUGGAAAACUACGAUGAGUGGACUAUCGAUCUCAGGAAGUUGAACAUGGGGAUGCCGUUCGCGCAGGGGGCCUUCGGGAAGCUCUACAGGGGUUCUUAUAAUGGAGAAGAUGUUGCAAUUAAAUUGCUGGAGCGGCCGGAGAACAAUCCUGAGAGGGCGCAGUUGAUGGAGCAGCAGUUUGCCCAGGAAGUUAUGAUGCUCGCCACAUUGAAGCAUCCAAAUGUGGUCCGGUUUAUUGGUGGGUGCAGGAAGCCAAUGGUAUGGUGCAUCGUCACAGAGUAUGCCAAGGGUGGUUCAGUUAGGCAGUUCUUGAAUAGAAGACAGAACCGGUCGGUACCGCUCAAGCUGGCUGUGAAACAGGCGCUCGAUGUUGCAAGGGGCAUGGCCUAUGUCCAUGAGCUGGGAUUCAUUCAUCGGGACUUGAAGUCAGACAAUCUCCUGAUAUUUGGGGAUAAGUCAAUUAAAAUUGCCGACUUUGGAGUGGCUCGGAUCGAGGUGCAGACUGAGGGCAUGACUCCAGAGACUGGAACCUACCGUUGGAUGGCUCCGUAAGUGAAGUGUCGAUUACUUGUUCUCUGCUACCUGUCAUCCUGCCUCAUAUCUUUAAUUACUCCUAGAUCGUUGCCUUAAAUUAUCUUUAGUUGUUCAUCUAAAAUGAUAAUUUGUCUUCAGAUAACUUCUUGGAUGGACGUUUUUUUGUCAUGCCAAGGGACGUGUUUUUAUGGACUUUAGAUUGUAUCAUAUUGUAAUGUUCUUUUUGUUCCAUUUCUGUCCGACUUAUUCAACAACAUGAAUUAAUGUGAUUACUUUGUUUUGAUCUGAUGCAUAUGGUGUCUCUUUAGGAACGUGGUUUUGCAUUAAUGUGAUUAGGUUUCCUUUCAUGUUCUCUUUUGUUGAUUUUUUUUUUAUUAGUGUGAUGUUAUGUGAAUUGUUUUCUUUGUCCGUUUGUUUCCAUUGACGAGAUUUCAAAUUAAGGAUUCACUAUUAUUUAAUAGUGUUUUAUUGAUUAUUUGGUGUUUCGUAACUCCUAUUUAGGUCUCUCAAUCGCCUUUAAAUUUCCCUAUACUUCUAAAAGUUGUGGUUGAUUAAUCUUGGAAAGAUACUAAUCUAAAGUUCGAAACAAUAAGUCGAUUCCCGAACAACAGUUAAUUGUGUCCAAAAGUUGCUCAUGUUUUUCUUGUCUACUAUAGUUUUUUUUAUGUCAACCAUAUCAAUGAGCGUAUAAAAUCCGACAUUCAUUCUUCUGGUAUCUAAUCGAUAAAAUUGCAUGGCCAGUCUGCUGCUUUGGUCUUUACUAAGUAGUCAAGCCCGUGGAAAAUGAAUCCAAGUUCUGAAAAUACGGCUUUGGGACAUUGUUAGCUGAAGAAUUUAGUUUUUACAUUGUACUUUUUAAAUGAAGGUUAAUUACAACAUUCAAAACCGGAAAACCAUAUUUUUUCCAGUGUGUUUCCACCAGAAUCUAUUUUCCCAUAUUGCCUUUAUUUAGAUACUUGAGAAUUUAGUUGUGAUCUCAUUUUCUCAUAAACGGUAGGCUGUUAUUAAUAAUAUUUUCGUUACCACCUUCCUGCAUCAAGACAGCUGUCGAUGAAAAGUUUUCCAACAUGUAGUUAGUUGUAAAAUGAUGUCAGCAUUAGCUGAGAUUCACUAAUUCUAUAUUCAUAUCAUAAAAUUUGGAUUUUCUGUUUAUUCUGUAUAGGUUCUCUGUUUGCCGUAACUCGUAGAUCUGAUGCAUUACUCAAAACUGUAAAUGCAUUGCUGUUUCAGUUGAUAUUGCUGUACAGAUGAUGAUCACUGUAAGAAUCCCUUUGAUAAACUGAAAGAGUGUUGAAAUGAUGAUGUACAUGGAAACACGUGUGGGGAAAUUAUAUGGCAGAUUAUGAAGUAGACGAUAGGCGUGGAGAGGGAAGAACCGAAGAUGGUACAUAAAAGUUGAUCCAUUCACCGUCGAUUAUACAACAAUUAUUCCCCAACAUUUGACAGGUUUUAAAUUCGUGAGUUGGCACAACAUUGCCUACCACCUCUAUAUUCACCACUAUGACCACUGCCAUCGUGAUCAAUCAGCUAGUUUUCAGCCCUUACCUCAAAUGCUGCAUCACCGCCUAGUGUCUGCAUGAUUUUCAAUCAGAUGCUGUGAAGUUUAUUUGAUUUCUACUAAGCUACUAUUAUGUAUUCUCUUGGUAGAAACUACAACAUGGGCUGGAUAUAUAUGCCUCAUCUGAACUGCUUCGAGUUUCUGACUUUUCCUCACGUCUGAUCUUUUGCUAGAUGCAUAUACAUAGCCUUGUUGUGGCAGAGUUUCGAAUUUACGGUCAUUCUUUGUGAAGCAAAUCGCUUCCCAUCACUAGUACUAGUACUAUUUUACUCCAUUGUUGUUUCUAGGUUGACUGCGAUUCUGCAAUUAUUGAUCGAGCGGGCAUCUUUGUCGCCUCUGUUUCUACUACGCCUGUUACAAUUUCUUUUGUUUCUACGUCUGUUACAAUUCUACUGAAACUCACGGGGCUGAGACUGCUUGGGCAUGCGACGCUCCGCAGGGAGAUGAUCCAGCACAGGCCGUACAACCACAAGGUGGACGUGUACAGCUUCGGGAUCGUCCUGUGGGAGCUGAUCACAGGUAUGCUUCCCUUCCAGAACAUGGCGGCCGUCCAGGCGGCCUUCGCCGUGGUCAACAGGAACGUGCGGCCGGGCAUCCCCUCGGAUUGCCUCCCCGUGCUGGGGGAGAUCAUGUCGCGCUGCUGGCACGUUGACCCCGACGUACGCCCCACCUUCGCGGAGGUCGUCAGCAUGCUCGAGCAAGCAGAGUUGGAGAUCUUGACGACGGUCAGGAAGGCCCGCUUCAGGUGCUGCAUCUCCCAACCCAUGACCAUGGAUUGA